UUUAAUUUUUAUUUUCAAAAUUUUAAUAUUUAUUUUUUAUUAUAAAAUUUUUAAACCUCAAUCCCAAAUCUCUACCCCUUAACUCUAAACCCUAAGGUUUGUAUUAGUUAACCUUAGGAGUAUAAAUGUAUAUUUAUCUCUUUAAUGAAAUUUUUUUACCAUUUUAAUACUUAGAGUCAAUAUUUGUGACACAAAUUUUUUUAGGGAUAUCCUAGAGUAUUUCUCAAUUUAUUAAGUAAAAAAAAAUUAGUACAAGUUAUUGCAAUAUAUGUCAGUUAUGUAAGAAAUUACAAUCAUGCGGGAUAACUUUGUAAAUGACCACUCUAAAAAUGAAUGUCAAAACGACAUGUAGGAAACUGACUUCUCAGAUAAUAUUAUAGAUAUAUAAGAUCAACAUUAAAUUUUUUUACCUCCGAUAAAAACUGAAAAUAACUCUUCUGAAAAAUAUUUGAAUUAAAAAAUAUUAAUGGUAGAAGUCAACAUUAUUUUAAUCAACAAUUAAAUCACUUAAUAACAAUAAUUAAAUAAAUCAUGUAAACAUAAAUUUUGUACGAAAAUUACAGUUUCGAUUGAUAUUUUAAAAAAAAUAUAAAUUGAUUUUUUUGUCAAAGAAGAUACAUGCGGAGUCCUUUCUUUCAAAAAAAAAAAAAAACACAUGCAGAGUCCCAUUAAACAAAAACUUGGAUUAAUUUUUUUUUUUUUGAACGACCAACUUGGGUUAGUAAAACUUGGAAUUUACAGUUUCCGAUGUACAGCAAGUAAUAAAGAAGUCUUUCCAAAAAAGAUCAAGUAAAAUAGAAGAUGAAAGAGGUGGAAGAUAAAGUUCAAAAAGAUGAGAGGUUAAAACAGGUCUUCUACUCGCGGAUCUCAACAUUAAUGUUAGGUCUGGGCACGGAUCGAAUAUUCGAGUUUUUGAAAGUAUUUGUGAUUUGCUUUGUAUGUCACGGAUACUAAUUUUUCGAUUUGUUUUGUUUCGGAAAAAUACGGAUAUUCGGAAAAACGGAUAUCCGAAAAAUAAAUAGAUAUUUGCGGAUAUUUACGAAUACUUACAGAUAUCUUAUAUGUUUUGAUUAAUACAAAUAAUCUGACAAAUUUGAUGCAAAUUUGUUUUGUAAAAUAUUUUUUGUAGGAUAUACAUGAUAAAAAUUAAAAGAAAUAGUGAAUCUACGUAUUUUGUAAAUUUUUUCAACUUAGUUAACAAUUAUAGUAACAAAAAAAUUUAAGAAAAAAAUAUUAUUGUCAAUAAAUGUGUGCUCUUCCUUUUAUGUAGUACUUUUAUAUAAGUAAUAAUGUGAAUAAAAUUUAUCAAAUCAUAUGUUAGAAUAAUAAUUAUAUAAUUUUAUACAUUAAAAACUUUAAAUAUAAUCAAGAUAUACAUGUAUUUAUAUGUUGUCGGAUCGCAUCGGAUAUCCGCUUUCCAAAAUUUUAAUAUUUGUGAUAUGCUUCGAUUUUAACGGAUAGUGAUUUUUAGUAUUUGCUUUGCUUUGAAAGUUUAUAGAUAUCCAGAAUUUUCGGAUCGAAUAGAAACGAAUAACGAAUCAAAUCAAAUUUAACGGAUAAAAUGUCUAGUCCUGAUUAAUGUUGUGACCCUUGACCUUGGGUCCUUGACGUUGAGCUUGACCCAUAAGGUGAAUUGUGAUCCUUGACCUAUUUAUCAUUAUGUGAAAACGACGUCGUCUGGGUUAGGUUUUGUUUAAAUAGAUCUCUCUUCCUCGAAGGGACACGAAAUCGAAGGGUUUCUUAGUUUUCACAAAUCAAAGGUAAACUUCUGAUAUCGGCAUUCUUUUCUGUCUUAUUCUGAUUUUGAUUCUGGGUUGUAAGAGGAAGUCUAAGAUGAACGACAAGGAUGAAGAGCUGAAGAAAGUAAUAAUGGAUCUGGAGGAGGAGCGUAGUGAUUUAGAAGAUGCAAACUCCGAACUCUGCCAAAAACUAUGCGAAAGCAAUGAUGAGAUCCGAGAAGCACACAAAGAAUUGAUUAGUGGAUUAAGAGACUUAUCGGAUGAAAGUUCGACGAUCAGAGUGAAGAAUAUGGGACGAGUUGAUGAAAAACCUUUCCUGAAAGUAUGCGAGCAGAGAUUCAGUGGCCAAGACGUUGCGCUGCAACACGCCAGGCUUUGCUCUGAAUGGCAGAAAAUGGUCAUGGAUUCAAGAUGGGAACCAUUUAAAAUUCAGAGAUCUGGAGAUAAAAUUGAGGGCGUUGUGGAUGAGGAAGAUGAGAAACUUAAGAAUCUGAGUGAAGAGUGGGGAGAAGACGUGAAGAAGGCAGUCAAGACAGCACUCGAAGAACUGUACGUGUAUAAUGGAAGUGGCAGGUAUCCAGUUCCUGUACUGUGGAAUUUUCAACAUGGGAGAAAAGCGACAGUCAAGGAAGGGAUUAUUGCUCACAUGAAGCAUCAGAUCAAAAAUCUUAAACGCAAACGAACCUGAAGCAAGCACCUUUGAUUGAUUGGUUGAUCGUUGUAGCAAGUUUGUGGCUUCAGGAAUCUUAAGUUUAAGCGUUCUCUUUUUAAUUUGUGGUUCUCACUUUGUGUUAAGCCAUUUAAAACCCAUGCAUGGAGGUUUCGUUUGGAAUUGCUGCUUUUGUAUUUCCUAUGAAUAUAAACUAAGGUCGUGCGUUUUUCUGGCAAACUAUGUACAUGUUAUCUUGUAAGAAACAAGAUGUGUUUCUUUUGUUUUUCUUCCGUAUUAAAAGGAAAUGUGAGACGCUUCAAUCUUUGCCCAUAUGAGAGACUAAACUUCAGACUAUCAUCGGCUGCGAAACGCGGUCUAUAAAACAAUCAAUUUGUUGUGUAUAUCCAUUUCUUAUUCUUAACGAUAAAACAACAAUUUGUUGUUGACUAUAAUAUUUGAGUUUGGACUACUCUGAGAUAAAUUUCCUAAGUUUUUGCUUUCGUAUUCAUCUCUUCGAAUUUUGACAAACUAAUUUAUCAAUGAUUCUAGCUAGGACCAUAUUUGUUGAUCUGUUAACUUUUUCCUCUAUAAUAGACAACCAAAAUAAAAUAUCUUAACAAAUGAAUGGUAAACUAAAAGAACAUGUGUGCCAAAAAAAGGUUCUGUAAAAGAACGUUUUUGAAAAAAAAAACCUCAGAUAUUAUGGAUUACGAAUUGGUCAAAUAUUGUAUAUAUGAGAACUAAGUCAAAGUAUCACUGUUUGAUUAGGUCUUAUAUAUAGUAGUCAGUGUCGUGCGAAGAGAUAUAGGGGCCUGAGGCGAGACAAUAUUUUUUGUUUACAUAAUUUUAUGAAUAUUAUAUAUAAAAUGAAAUAAUUCAAAAUAACUUAUUUUUGCCACAUGGACUAAAAAUUAGAAAAUAAAAAGUGAUACAUAAAGUAUAGAAUGUAAAAAUUUUGAUUAAUUUAUAUUGGUUCAUUGAAAAUUUUCACCAAAUUAUCAUAGUGUAUAAAAUGGGAUGGAAAAUAUUAAAUUAGUAACAUAAAAAUGAAGGUUAAAAUUGUUUAUUAAAAUGAUGAUACUUUUAAGAAUAUUUAAGUCUCUAAAACUAAGUUACUGUAUAAGAUGUUUACAUAUUUUUACAUUUACUUAUAUUCAAU